AUGAAGGGCUUCAUCGGCGGAAUCCCUGUGGCGCUGCUGGCAGUUGCUGCCCAGGCCAAGUUUGCUGAACGUCACGAGCAUGACUUCCAUCCCCAGGCUGGCGGUACCGCUAUUGGGGGACCUUCUGGAAAUGAUAACGAUGGCGGAUUUGUCAGCCCCUACUCUGCUAGUAUCAAGACCGAUACACAGGUCAACGAGUGGAACAAGGAUGAUCACUCCAUCAAGCUGAAGCACACGGAUGUGUACCCUCGCCCUCCAGUGGUACCUGUACCAUUUGGCUACCGCGGCCCCCAAGCCCCUGGAAAGGGACCCUUUGGCAAGGGAAAGCGUAGUGCUCCAGGUGGAACCGCCAUUGGUGGCCCCUCUGGCAACGAUGAGGGCCAGAGCUUCGAUUUGUCCGUGACGGGUAUUUUCAAUACCGCUGUCGCAGAUGAGAACAAGGAUGAUCACUCCAUCAACAUCAAGAGCAAGCACGUUUACCCUCCUGCUCACGGCGUCGUGCACCCUCCCCCUCAAUUCAAUGGACCCCCUCGUGGCGGCUACCAUGGCCCUGCUAGCCCGCCUUCCACUGCCUUCAACACCCCUACCGAGGGGUAUGCGAAGCGCUUUGGUCCCCACGCAGGUGGCACUGCCAUUGGUGGUCCCUCUGGCAACGACGGUGGCCAGAGCUUCAGUUUUUCCACUGACAUUGAGACUUCAACUGAUGUCACUGAGCACAACGAGGAUGACCAUUCCAUCGGCGUGACGCGUGAGGAUAUCUACCCUCAACCCCACGCCCAUGCUUUUGCUCCCUUCCGUCGCUCCGAGAACUACGGCCCCCCUGGCCACGGUGGUGCUCCGCCCCCUGUUCACUUCGAGCCUCACCCGGAGCCGCACUACGAGCCCCACACCGAGUCACACUAUGAGCCCCAUAGCGAGCCCCACACCGAGUCACACUAUGAGCCCCAUAGCGAGCCUCACUACGAGCCUCACCCGGAGCCUCACUUUGAGAAUCACCCUGAGCCGCAUGUGGAGAACCACCCUGAGCCUCACUACAGCCCUAGCUACAGCCCUAGCUACGAGCCCCACUAUGAGCCUCACACUACCUUCGAUUACGAGCUCACUUCGUUGAAGAACAACAACAACGGCCCUGCAGCUGGGAGCAUCUCUUUCGGUCGCCGUGGAUUCCCUGCUGGCCCCGCACCUCACAUUGAGCCUCACCCGGAGCCUCACUUCGCGCCCCACACUGAGACGCACUAUGCGCCUCACUCCGAGCCUCACUAUGCACCUCACCCUGAGCCUCACUUCGAGAACCACCCGGAGCCUCACUUUGAGAACCACCCGGAGCCUCACUACAGCCCUAGCUACAGCCCUAGCUACGAGCCUCACUACGAGCCUCACACCACGUUCGAGUCUGAGAUCACUUCGCUGAAGAACAACAACAACGGCCCUGCAGCCGGGAGCAUCUCUUUCAGUCGCCGUGGAUUCCCUGCCGGCCCCGCACCUCACAUUGAGCCUCACCCGGAGCCUCACUUCGCGCCCCACACUGAGACGCACUAUGCGCCUCACUCCGAGCCUCACUAUGAACCUCACCCUGAGCCUCACUUCGAGAACCACCCGGAACCUCACUUUGAGAACCACCCGGAGCCUCACUACAGCCCUAGCUACAGCCCUAGCUACGAGCCUCACUACGAGCCUCACACUACGUUCGAGUCUGAGAUCACUUCGUUGGAGAACAACAAUAACGGCCCUGCUGCUGGAAGCAUUGCCUUCGGCCGACGUGCGUACGCUCCUACCCGUGAGACCCCUGUUGGAGGUGGUACCGCUAUUGGAGGUCCGUCUGGGGAUAGUGAUGCCAGUGGCUUCUCCGCUCCCACCAGCAUCGACGUUACCACUGGUGUGAAUGAGCACAAUGAGGACAACCACUCCAUCAAGGGAGACUGGACCCACGUCCACCCUGACGGUCCCGCUGAGUACUCCCCGGAGGACAAGGUCGAGGGUCCUCAGUGCGCUGCUCAGGUGCAUGAGGUUGUUCACACCGUCACCAAGACCCAGUACAAAACUGCGGAGGUGACCCAGGUGGCCUAUCAGUCGGCUCCUGCUGUCGACGGCUAUCCCAUCCCUGGCUAUGCCACUCAACCCCACUCAGCCGGGGCUGACGCCUACGCUCCACCAGCCCGCGCUCCCUCCAGCGCUGCCGCUGAGAACCCCUCGUACGCCAUCCCCCCCACGGAUAACCUAAUCCCCGCCCAUGUGCCCAUGGCCGCCUCUUCUACCGGCACCAGCCCCGUCUACGGCAGCUAUCCACAGAACUCUGCCGCAGCUGUCCCUUACCCCAGCUACCCCCAGCAGUCCGCCGGGGCUGAUCCCUACGACGGCUACCCCAAGCCCUCCUCCACUGGGGUUGAUUCCUACGCUGGUUACCCCGAGCCCUCUACCGGGGCUGAUUCCUACUCCGGUUACCCUCAGCAGUCUGCCGGGGCUGAUCCUUACGCCGGCUACGCCAAGCCCUCCUCCACUGGGGUUGAUUCCUACUCCGGUUACACCAAGCCCUCCACUGGUGCUGAUCCAUAUGCCGGCUACCUCCAGCCCUCCGCCGGAGCUGACCCAUAUGCUGCCCAGCGUCCCUCGUACUCCAAGAUCGCUGUGCAUGUCCCCAUGGCUACUCCUGCGUCGUACGGCGCUUUCUCCAAGGCCACCCCAUCCAACAGCAUGGGCAAGAUGAUCCCCACCGGCGUCUCCGCCGAGCAAAAGGCUUCUCCUUCUUCGUCCGCCUCGGCCUCUGUCUCUCACGGAAUCAUGUUCCAAGGUAGUGCCGCUCGCCUCUCAGGGGGAAUUGUAACGGCCGCUGCCGCUGCCAUGGGUGUCCUCGCCUUCAUCCUAUAG